AACCUCACCACAUUAACGCAACCCUAGUUUUUUUUUGAGGGAAAAUGUAUCGUCUUCGCCAACAGUCUUUCUCCAGGAUCGCUUUUAAUUCCUUUUUCUCUACCGUGCCACGGGAAGAUUGUCAAUUUAUGAGACAGUUUAAUAAAAACUGGUCGUGUAUCGGCUGAUUUUUGCUCAUAUUUUCAUACGUAUCCGCACGAAAAUGCCAAGGUCCAAGAAGAGGAGUUCCAGGGGGGGGCAGCAUGGAGCUGUGCAGCCUUUCAGUGAUGAGGAUGCCUCCAUCGAGACCCUCAGCCGCUGCAGCAGCUUCAGUGAUGCCAUGAGUGUGGCAGAGGAAGGAGGGGAGGCUGGUGAGGAGACAGCCCAGGAGGAUUUACAGUACAAGCUGAAGGUUUUCAUUGACAGCACUGUGGAUAAGAGUGCCAAGACCAGACAGGGAGCCCUGGAUGGGCUGAAGGCUGCCAUGGCAACUAGGAUCCUGUACGAGUUCAUUUCAGACAGGAGGAUGACCAUCACUGACAGCAUUGAGCGCUGUCUCAAGAAAGGUAAAGGACCGGAGCAGUGUGCAGCAGCCUCCCUGGCCUGUCUGCUGUGUAUUCAGCUGGGCUCAGGCGUUGAGAGCGAAGAGGUGUUCAAGACCCUCAAACCCAUCUUCAAGAACAUUCUGUUGGAUGGAGCAGCCAACAUCCAAGCCAGACAAGCUUGUGCAACAAGUUUGGGCCUGUGCACUCUGGUGGCGGAAGAUGACAUCCUGGAUGUGUAUGCUACCAUGGAGAGCUUUGAGAGUUUGUUCAUGCGUUCCUAUGUGAAGGAGGAUGGGAGUCGCCCCUCUCUCAACCCCCAGACCACCCUGCUCCACACCAACGCCCUCCUCUCCUGGGCCCUGCUGCUCACAAUCUGCACAGGCAGCCAGGUCAAAGCAGUCACACACAAGCACCUGCCCAAACUACCCCGGUUGUUGGAGAAUGAUGACGUCAACAUGAGGAUAGCAGCAGGAGAGACCAUCGCUCUGCUGUUUGAGCUGGCUAGGGACAUGGACCCUGAGUUUGAGUAUGAUGACUGGGAGCCCCUGUGUGACAAGCUCAACUCUCUGGCCACCGACUGCAACAAACACCGUGCCAAGACUGACAAGAGGAAGCAGAGGUCUGUGUUCAGGGACGUGCUCAAGGCUGUGGAGGAGAGAGAUUUUCAGACUGAGACAAUCCGCUUCAGCACCGAGCGUAUGACCAUCGACAGCUGGGUGAGGAAGAGGACUUACGACGCCUUCAGAGAGUUUGUGGGCUCUGGCAUGAACUACCACCUACAGGCCAAUGAGUUUAUUCGCGACGUGUUUCAACUGGGACCCCCCAUGCUGGUUGACGCGGCCACACUGAAGUCCAUGAAAAUCUCCCGCUUCGAAAGGCAUCUCUACAAUGCGGCUGCAUUCAAGGCUCGGACAAAGGCCAGGAACAAGUUCAGAGACAAGAGGGUUGACGUCGGGGAGUUUUGAUGUGAUUUAAUGGGUCCAACCUGCUCUUUUAUUAACCAUCAAUUGAACCUUCUUGAAUAUCACUGUUACUAUCCUUAAUUUAUCCAGUUAAGUGUUUGGUAUUUGUAAAUAUGAAUAAUCAUGUCUGUCUCAAGUGAUUCUCUAUUCCCCAUAGGCUUGCCAGUGUCUAUGUAGGGAAUAAAGUGUUAUGUGAGGUGUAGACUUUGUUGCUCUGUUUUAAUGUUUGUGUUCCAUUAACAUUGAGUUAUAAUAUUUGAAAAUGCACUAAUUGGUUAACGUUUCCUAUGGACUUCCCCUUGGGCCCUGGUUUAUUGUCUGGUGUUUUGUUAUACACAGAUUAUACCAAGCAUUAGGAUACCUUCCUAGUAUUUAGUUGCCCUCAGAACAGGCUCAAUUUGCCGGGGCAUGGACUACAAGUCUACCACAUGGAUGCUGGCUCAUGUUGACUCCAAUGUUUACCACUGUUGUCAUGUUGGCUGGAUGUCCUUUGGGUGGUGGACCAUUCCUGAUACACACGGGGAAACGGUGUGUAUACCCUGUGGUGUUGCAGUUCUUGACACAAGCCGGUGCGCCUGGCACGUACUGCAAUACCCUGUUUUAAAGGCAUUUAAAUCUCUUGCCUGUUCAUCUUCUGAAUAGCACACAUGACACAAUCCACGUCUCAAGGCUUAAAAAUCACUCUUUAACCCGUCUCAUUCCCUUCAUCUACACUGGUGGAAGAGGCUUUAACAAGUGACAUCAAUAAGGGCUCAUAGCUUUCACCUGGUCAGUUUGUCCAUGUAAAGAGCGGGGGUGUUAAUGUUUUGUACACUCAGUGUAGUUUAUGUCUAUUGGAUGUGAGAAACUCAAAUAAAUACUAACUGAACUAG